AUGGAGGAAAAGGAAAAUAUCAAAGUAGCAAAAUUACAGCUGGGCAAAUUCAUAGCUAAAGAUGGUAUCACUGUCAAACUACAUGAGCAAAAUGAAAAAGAAAAUGCAGAUAAGCUCAGUAAUUCAAUUGUAAUCAAGGUGUUUGGUGGUGAUCCUCCUCUAAGAAUUAUUAGUUCGGAGCUCAGGAGACAGUGGAUGCAGUAUGGGAAAUUUCAUUUAACCAUGGUAGGCAUGGGAUGGGUGCUAUGUUCAUUCUAUGAACCAGACCACAUGGAAGCUAUGAUGACUAAUGGACCCUGGUUUGUCAAUGGGAAAAUAAUUGGUAUGGAUAAAUGGUCACAAAAUUUUUCAACGAAUUCUCUAAAAGGCUUGACAGUACCGGUUUGGAUUAGACUGCCAAAUCUACCUCUUCAAUGCUGGGAUAAUAUAAAUCUUUAUAGAGUUGCAUCAAUGGUUGGAAAACUAUAUUUGAUUGAUGGAAGCAUGUUCCAAUGGGGAAGGAGAGAAUUUGGAAGAGUAUGUGUCCAGAUUCAGCAGGAUAACAAGCUACCUCUUGGUGUUUUGGCUGAAGGGAAAGCUGGAAGAUUUUAUCAAAGAAUUGAAUAUGAACGUGUUCUAAAUUUCUGUUUCAAGUGUGGUCUAAUUGGACACAAUUGUGAAGAUUGCAAAUAA